AAGAGUUGCAAACCUUACAUCAAGUUCUCAAAGCUGCAUCAGUGAUGGCAUCCAGGCAGGAAGACGAUGCCAGGUUACAAGAUCUGGCUGCUCUGAGACUCUGUCGGCCAGCAUUUGCCCGAAUGGUGUCUUGGGAAUUUGGGAGGGAAGAUUAUAACAAGCCUGCAUCGAGGAAACCAGGAAACAAGUCUCGUAUCACUGGUUGUCAUGGUUCUACAGGGAAUGGCAGUUGUAAGACAGAAGCUGAGGGGCUGGCCACGGGUGUGUCAGGAUUUGAUGACGUUACUGCUGCAGAUGACAUUGAUGAUAAUGAUGAUGCCGGAGAUGAUGAUUCUUAUUCCAGUGACAGUUCAAUGUAUUUCAGUGCUGAGGAAUACACAUAUGAUGAUAACAAUGAACUUGAUGAUAAAACAGAGUAUCCGUCUGAAAAUGCGGUGGAGAUGGAUUCUAAAUCAUCAUGUUCUUCGACCUCUGUUCCCAUAAGGGAACAGGAAAGAAAGCGCAGGCCCAGCAAAAAGCAAAGGAAAAAGCGUGUCAGAAAUUUCAAAAUGCACUACCUCAGUCUAGCUGUUCCAUUUCAAAAUGUAGAAAGUCUCGGAGUAGAGCUGCCCUAUGACAGCGUCCAUGAUUCUGUUGUGAGUUUAUCUAAAGAAGUGCCGAGCCUUGUGGAGCUGUGCAUGCGUUGUAAAGGAAACAAAAUGUAUGAGAAUCAAGUAAGGGGAGAUAACCCUGAAAGAACAGCUUUACAAGUACCGUAUGGCUUGUAUCACAUGACCUCAAAAUAUCGCCAUGAUGGAGCCAUGGCGGCUUUACAGUUGUCAUGGUUACACAGGACUCUCUCUCUCCACAACAAGUUGCUCUCUGGCUCGGAUAAGGAACACUUCGUUUUAUCAGAAACUUCUGGAAACAAGGAGUUAAAAUUUGUUUGCCGUCCUCUGAGAAAUAUGUGGGCUUUGUAUGAAUGUAAAGUUGAUCGAAGCCGACUGUCACAGCAAUCUGCAGCUAAACUGAUCAACAGUCUACCUGUUACUAUUACCCUUUUGCCCACCCAUGGAAUUGAAUGUGAAAAAGGCAGCAAACAUCUGAUGUGGUCUCAUCUGGCCCAUUGUAUUGACCUCAUGUUACCUGCGACACUCCCCUCCCAUUCUGGCGGCAAGAGACAGGGGCAGACAACUGAGGAAUGGGUGGAUAAGGCCACAAUGACCUGCAUUGUAAGAGUAAAGCGGGCUUUGGCCUUAAGGUACCCGUGUCUCAUUGAGGUGUUGUUUGAGGCUGCGUUACCCUAUGCUCUCUGGGCAAGGGGCCAAGUGAAGAGAGCAGCUGAACUCUUCUUACACCUGUCAGAACAGCAGACAGGUCAGGUGAAGAAAGCAGCUGAACUCUUCUUACACCUGUCAGAGCAGCAGACAGCCUGUAACCCUGGCUACAGAGCCACCCAUCUUAACGAAGCAGGCAGGCUGUACGCCCAAUUUGGUGAGCUGGCUAUGGCAAGAAAGAUGUACCUGAGAGCUGCCGAGCUGUGUUGCCCAGGAACAUCAGACGAUGUACGUCAAGCUCUCAUUGGUCAAGCCAUGAUGUUGGUAGCCAAUCAAGAGGACACUGGAGUUUUUUCCCCUGAGAAGGCCAGAGGAGCUGCCAGGGCCUGGGAUGCAGUACUUAAUAUGUAUUCUAUCCCGGAGUUUGCAGAAGAUGCUGCCUUUUUGUCACUGUUUUGUUACCAUGCCGGACAGUAUGAAGGUAUUAGCUGGCUUAACGAGGCCCAGACAAGGCUACAGGUGUGGGUGGAGAGGGCACCCCACCUGUAUCUCUAUCUCUCCAUGAUACAUGCUCUUAAAGGCGACUCACAGCUGUCAGAAGCAACCUUCAAACAGUUUGCUAGGAAGACUCGUUUACAUGACUUGGACUUCCUACCUGGCCAGCCUGCACAUCCACAACGAAAUUACACCCCUUGGAAACCAAUGGUUGACAUGGUGAAGAAACAUGGCCAACUUCCUGUGAUAAAGUUGCAGUGGAGGACUCAGUUGUGUCACCCCAUUUUCAAUCAUGAAAGCAAAGGGGGGCUGUUUGUGACUGACAUCUCCUGCUCUGAUCUCUCUCUGCACCUUGAUGCUGACGGGAACCUGACAGGAAACCUCCAGAUGCUGCUUCCACCAAUGAGGACGAUCCGUUUGGACCCAUUCACAGGGUCUCUUGCUUUCCCGUCUGUGCCACUGCACAGUGAAGUUUGGCGGCCUGGAGUAUCAGCUGACCAAUCAGAACAUUCUACUGAUUACCUCCUCUUGCCUCAGCAGAGAGAAGUGUUCAGAGACUCCUGUGGUAGGACAGUUUACCUGUUGCUGACCAGCAAGCUAAGGUAUGAUAAACGUGAGUGGAGCAGCGAUGGUACUCAGACUGCAGUCCUAACCUGGCAUUGUCCACUCUCUGGUCAGUGGGUCAAGCUGGAUCUCCGGAAAACUCUGCGUCAGCACAUUAAACAGAAAAUAGCCGAUACCAUACGAAAGGAAGAGACGGACAUUACAGAAAUGAGUCAGCAGCUUGAAGCUUUGGAGCUGUUUCACAGCUCGGGAUGGGCAGUCACGUCGAGGGCAAUUCGACAAUAUGUUUCUCAUCAGUGGCAAAUGGUAAAUGAGAUGGCGAAACUGGAAAGGAAGGGAUUUACAAAAAGAGCCAAGAAAACAGGUGACAGAUGUCGCAAGAAGAUCUACAGUGAAUCAGCAUCUGGGAACGUAUUCAGGUUAAAGGUGUCCCAUCACACCCAGGUGGGGCAGAUGCUUGUGCUACAGAUGAGUUCCAUGACCGUCAACACAAACAACAAGGACAACAUUUGUGUGUUGAUAAACUGUGAGACAGCUGAAAGCUUCCUGAACCCAACCAUCGUCUGUGAACCUGAUACAGAUCCUUUUGGGAAUGUGUUCCACAUCAGCUUGAGAAUUCCCUCUGCUGAUAGCAUCCACCAUGGCUGUAAAGGGGAGAUAAUUGGGGUCACCAGAGAACUGAUCAUGAAGCCUUUAGGUAGAAGAGAAACUGAAGAUCAAAGAAGGAUAUACUUCUACAACACAAAGGCAGAACUUCUCUGUGAAAUAGAAGCUGAAGGUUUUAUUGCUCCAGGGACAGUGGUAGCUGUCACUGAAAAGGCUGUCCUAGACACCAAACUUGUACUGGGGCCCAGACUGUACAGUGUUCACCCUAACUGUACCAGAUUGGUUUGUAAUGACCUGAACCAGUCCACUCUCAGUCCUAUCCAUUACCCACUCAUCCAGGGUCUACAGAUCAUUGGGGACCAUCUGCUAGUGACCACCCAGUCAGGAGUGAGUCUGGCCCGACAUACAACCUUACAACCUCUCCACAUACACAUCAAGACAAGGGGACCCUGUCCAUUAACAUUGGGUACUUCAGAGAAGUACAUGUGCAUCAAGGGUGAAUUUGGGGCUGUCAACGUUCUGAAGGAAAAGACCAUCCUGGAGAACACUGGGAGUCGUAUGACCAGGGCAGCUGUAGGAAUCGGCAACUACAUCGUGUUGAUGGAACUCAACAAAUCAGACAGUGUUGACGUCACUCUGGCUCUGGAACUACCUGGGAGACCUAAAGAAGUCCAUUUCAUGGGACAACAAGUGGGUUUUCUUGUUACUGCCGGCGUUCAUUCCUCAAACUUCGCGUACUGCGAGAACCUGUAUCAUGUUGAUUAUGACGGUAACGUCCGUGGUAUUCUGCCGUGCUUGGGACUGGGGCCUCGUUCCUUCUUCUCGUUCCCCCAUCAGGGAAGGGCAGUUACUUCUCCUGGGGGAGAAAUGAACAGUGAUCAAACACACCCCCUGGCUGGCUGGUACGUGUACAUGAGAGAUGGUCAUGGAGGCCUCCGGCCCUUGAGGAGCCACGGAAGAGAGUCUGAGCAAGAAGUGCUGGAGAAACUCCAGCAAGAUGGUGUCUUAAGAUCCCAGACACUUAAUAUAAAAGACAAUGGUAGUGUGGUGUUUUUCGUGUCACUGGACGGAAAUCCCUACCCAUCGGGAAAACCUCGGCUCUUAGAACCCAUCGAGCUUAAACAAGAGCGGCAAAAGAUAAAGGCUGAUCUGGAGAAGCGGAUGGCAAAUGCUAGCCAGUUGAGGAAGGAUACCUUUCGACGAGUGAAGAGGAAGGCCCGCAUCACCUCCGCAAGGCAGAGGCAAGCCAUGGCCAAUAAGGAGAAGGCAGAAGAGGCUCUGCAAAGGAUUUACAAGGAGAGGUUAGAAAUGAAACAGGAAAGAGCUGCCAGAAACCGCCAGCAGUCCCGCCACGGGCACAGAAAAUAA